AUGGACGAAUGUCAGCAGCAGCUCGACUUUGAGGAGCUAGAAAAACUUUGCAGAUACACUCCGGAGGACGAGCUGUCCGCUGAGGAGGAGGAAGGGGAAGACGAAGUGUACCGAGAAGAGGCGGAAACCGGUGGUGUAGAAGGUGGAGGCGGGGAAGGCACGGAAGGACGAGCGAUGGGUCAAUCGGAGAGCAAGAAGGCAUCCAAGAAAGCUGCAGCCGCUGCUGCCGCCGCCGACGGACUCCACACGAAGGGCACGGCCAUGUCGUUUGGCUUCAAGAAGCACAAAGUGCACCAGUCUGGCGGCACCAUCGGCGCAACGGGCAAGCUGCCACCGAACGGUGGGGCGAAAGUCGGCGGCACAGGUACGGCCACGGAGACCGCAGUCCCGGGAGCGGUCGCCAAUCAGAUCAAGAAAUUCAACGCCAACGGAAACCUGCUCCCCGGCACGGCGCUGGAAAGAGAGAAAGCGGAAAGGGAGCUGGUGCAGGCAACGGUGAUCACAAACCCCGGCGUCGAUGCUGAGCUGAGCGACAAAAAUGGCAAUACUGGCUCCAUCGAUUCGGUGGACGACACGGGCGGUAAUGGCGGGGGACGUAACUCUAGCACCGGUCGGUCGACCCCUCGCCUGCAGCCAGCCAAGAAAGACAGCCAUGGGGCGCCCUACCGGAGCAAUCGGUUCGGGUUUCGGACCAACAACAUCGUCCGGCCGGCAUCGGUCGGUUUGCAGCCCCGGGUGGCCAACGCCGACUUUGACAAGCAUUCCGUCAAUAACAACAACAACAAUAAUAACAAUAACAUCCACACUACUAACAAUAACAGUAACAACGUGUACGUUGUUACCGAUAAACGCCGCUCGAAGAGUGCGUCGUCGGCGGCCACCGCUCGCACAACCUUCACCCCGCUACCGGCUCCGACUACGACGACGACGGCGGCGGGAGUGGCUUCCGGCGGAACUGCUGGUCCGGCGAUGACACUGCACCAGCACGCGUAUGGCGGCGGUGCAUCCGCACUGCAUCGGCCGUUGCCGAAAUACCAGGCGCCGGGUACAAAAAUAAACCAACCGGUCGGCGCACCGGACUCCAAUGGCGGCGGCGCCGGCGACGGUGGUAGUGCUUAUCAACAGCCGGUGACGAAAUGCAACCAGGGAGAGCAUAAAAAUACUCAGCAUUCCGCGUCGACGCAACGCCAAACGGGGCACCAGCCGCAUCAGUAUACGCCAGCGAGCGAAGCCGGACAGAACGCUUUGGCUGCCGGGGGACUACAUGCAAAACCACCGGCACAGCCGGCUAGUGCGGCCAAACUAGGUCAGCAGGAGUCGUUGGUGGCCAGCAAGUUUACGCUGCACACAUCCAGCUUACCGAAACCACAGUAUCCGGUAUCGAUCUCGCUGGCCGGCACCACCUCCGGCCCGGUCGCCAGCUCACGCUACACGAUGGAUACGAAGGGCGCCAAACAUGCGGUGAACGUGAGCCGCAAGGAGUUCGCAAACACGAGUGCAGCCGGUGCACCGGCCCUGGAAGACACGACCACGACGACGACCAGCAGCAUCCGCAUGCCCCGGCAGCGGUAUCGCAAUCUCGAGAUGGUCAUGAGUGGACGGCACAAGUUCGAGGUGCGUGAUCUCGAGGCACUGACGACGGAACCGAUCGUACCGUUACCGCUGCCCGAGCUGCCGAGUGCGUUCGGAAGUACGGCCAACCAGCGAACGGCUCCGUUGAGUGGACUGAUCCGGUCGACCGAGCUGGCUGCCAGUGCUAGCGCGACCACGUUCGAUGACGACAUCGACAUCAACGACAAUCGCUACGAACCGAUCGAGGCUAAUGUGCAGGAUGGCGAGGAACAGGAGGAAAAUACUGCGGCAACGUACACAAUCGAUAGUGCAAAGGCGGGAGGCGCUGGUGCUGGCCUGCUUGAGUCCACUUCCACCAGGUGCCCCUCGGAUGGGGAAAGUUUCGAGGAGGAAAAGCUGUUGCGCGAUAAAAACUCGUCCGAGAAAAGUCUCAAGGGUGCGCUGAUGAAGGAACUGGCGGAGCAGUCCGUCGAGAGCAAGAGCUCUUCACCGGGCAGUUCGCGCGCUUCGUGGUGCAACGCGGGAGAAGCGUUAGCAUCGAAGGACUUUGGUAGUCUCAGCUUGAGCAGCAGCGAGGAAAGUCGGGCUGGAAAGAACGGACCUUCUCAGAAGCCACAAGCACCGGCGCACGAUGAAGCGGAUGAAGAAGACGUUAGCUCAGUUACAAUAACUGCUGGAAAUCCUUCCGCAUUCUCUUCCAUGUCGGCGCCGGUACCGAUGGAUGUAUCCACCAACCUUGACAGCGUGUCAGAGGUGCAGAUUAGCUUCACCGAUCCCGGCACCGACCCGCUGGCCAGCAGUGAAACUGACGUUCCCAAGCAAAUGUUCCGCAAUGAGCAAUCGAAGUUUGCCGAAAUGGCCGCCGCCAUCAGCGACGUGCUGCUGCUGGACGAUGAAACGUCCCCAACCGACAGUCUGGUCAGCAGUUGCACGGAAAACUCAGACGACGUGAAAAAGCCACGCCACAACAAGAAAGUCGCCGAAAACUGUAAGGAAAAGGAGAAAGACAUUGAUGAAAUUUCGCCCGAGCUGGAGGAGCUGACUAGUCCCGUGUCCCCCGGCACCCCGACGCACGCUUCCAACUCGCUGUCGCUCUCGGAUGGUGGGCGAGAUUUUCUGAUCGACGAUGAAAUUGCCGACCAACCCGGCCUGGUUUUCGACGAGGGCAGCACGCUCGAUCUGGGAUCGCUAAAUUUGAACCUGGGAUCGCAAAAUACCGACACACCAACGCUGAAAGACUCGCACAACAGACCGAAUGCGGCCAGUGCUCACCAUACGGGGACGGCUAAGACUGGCCCUCCCGUACCGAAACCUCGCAAGGUGAUGCCGGCUGCAUACGAGUCACCGGCACUUUCGCGCAAAUCAACCCGCAGCGGCAACCGAAUGGUGAGGGCGGAGUCUCUCGACACCCUAUCGCCCUGUGAUUCCAUUGCUUCGGACGAUUUUAUGCUAGACUUUGACUGUAACAGUAGCAUGGAUUCUAUUGAUCGAGUUGCAAGGUCCAGCGUCGGAGGUAGUGCCACGGGACUACAUUCCAUGGAUGAGCUUCAACUGUGGUCCGAGCUUGAAAACAAAGGCGGCCACAUUAUACGCGAGUGGAGCUCUCUGCUGCGCAGCAACCCGAACAGCAUGACCAACAGCUUCAACAACAACCACAACACCAGCCGGGAAAGCAUAACAUCUCAACUUCCGGCGAGGGCGCGACUGCUCACCAGGCGCCUGCAGAACAAUGCCACCCCGACGAACGGUUCCGAAAGUCCCCGCUCCAUCGACAGCCUGCCCCGGCGAACCUUUGCCGGCGCGUACAAGACGGCCACCCUGAGCCAGUUCCACAACCUGGCCAACAACAACAACAACGGCAACGGCUGCACGGACUCCGGCUCGACCGCGACCAACUCCGCGGAAGAUCUCACCCUGCUCGACAAGUCGCUGCGCAACUCCAUGCUACAGGACGUGGUGCACUUCAAGAAGCAGCUGGUGCGACUACGUCGGAUACUGCAAGAGGAUGAAGAAAAUUUGAUGAUGACCGACACUCUCAACCCAUUUGAAAGUAACAAUGGGCAAUUCUUCACAACGGCAGCCGCGGUCGCUGCGGCCACCAUCGGCAACAACGGCAACGGGCCGGCGACGGACGCCGGCAACGGAGGGCUCGGCGACAGCAACCGGCAGCAGGAGCAGGGCGUGCUAAUCCGCGAGUCCGGCGUCGCCGCCCUGGCCCUGCUCGACGACCAACGGCAGGAGCUGGCGGACCUCAGAAGACAGGUGGUUUACCUUCAGGGCGAACUGACAACAAAAGAUCGCACGAUUCGACAACAGCAGAAUCUGAUCGAAAAGUACGAAGCGGAGCGGGAAAGGCAGGGAACGUCCAAUGGAGCAGUGGCGGAGGCAACGGGAAGUGGCAGCGGAGCGGCUGCGGCCACAUCGGACACGUCGUCCGGCGACCGGAACCACUCGGAAACCAUCAGCCAGGCGACGCAAACUGAACGACUGAGGCCCGUCUCCUUCGGCGGACAGGAAGGAUUAGGAAGUCGCAAUGAACACCCAACAACGCCCAAGAACGGCUUGCGCACACCAACAGCGGCCAACAGCAGCAGUAGUAGUAGCCCCAACCACGGCCAAACCCCUCAGAACUCCACCACCAAUGGGCCGUCGUUCUCCGCCAACCGGUCAACGCCGACCAAAACGCAGAUCUCCUCCGUCUACACGCAGCUGUCCUCCGUGAGGCACAGUAUGACCGGAAGCAGCGCACCAUCCACCCCGACAGGGCCCGGUGCACCAACAGCCCUUCGGCGAACGUCACUCGGCUCCAGCCACAACCUAAGCUCGUUCGGACUCCACGGAACCCCUUCGCCCGGUAGCAAACCCGUUCGAACUACGCACAUUGGCACGUUGGCGGCUACAGGCCGACAGCCCACGAACGGUGAUCGCAUUCCGGUGCUUGCGAACGGAACGGCCAAGCACACGAAAGGUGCCCCCAACCGGACACCUCCCUCGGCGCAAACGAACGGAACCAUCCCAACCGGUUCCUCCCCGUCCAAACCGAGCGGGCUCAACGGUAUGGCCAAGCGAACAACGGCCACCAUCAUCCGGCCACCGUCCUCCUUCGGAGCCAACAUUGCACCGCUCGAUGCGCAGCAAACAAUGCUCAAAUCUAAAUCAGCUCCGGCAACACCGUUGGUACCGAAUGGGAAACUGCUUACCGCUCCGGCCACCGGGAACACCACGGACACGAGUCUCACCAACACCGCACCGCUAAACGGUGCCCACUCCACGGUGAACGGUCGGGCGGAGGCUUCCGGCGAGAACGAAAGCAGCGGCAGGGAAACAUCCGACGAGUGGGAAUCCGACAAGGACUCGGUGAUCAACGGAGCAAUAAUGGGUGCGGUAAAACUGCUUCCAAACGGACCGACAGGUUGUAGCGACGGAAGUACCACCAUCGGCAGCACACCCAAUGGGAUCGUUGGACACUAAAACGGGGGAAAAACCAUGGGACGUAGUGUAGAGUAGGGCGUGUGAUAGAUACAGGGCUAGUGGGAAGCGGCGGGCGUUGAUGAAAGGUGGUCCCAAUUCCGUUCCAGGUAUUAUUAUAGCCGCUCAUAGUGGUAAACUUUUAUUUUAUCGGCAAUGAAUGAAGAUUUAAGUUCACUUCGAUUAAGCUGGCCGGAAGAAGCUUCCGCUCUUUCGUUCCAUAGGGUUUGUACAUGAAACAUAAGAAAAACACCCACAUACACACUCAACCGCUAAAGUAGAGGCUCUCGACCCCAUCGUCGUAAAGUUAAUUUAAUCCCCUACAUUCUUUAUUUGUUGUACGACCAUGUUUUUGAAUAACUUUCAGCGGUUUGAGAGACAUAGUAAAAGCCUCGCUUCAACAAACGUUGCCAAUAAUAAUGCAAAAAAUCGUAUAUUUUGGGUGCUCGGAGGGCAAGUGAAUUACGACACCAUGUAGUGAUGGUCAUUUUCCUUUCAAUUAGUUUUGUUUUUCUCAUUGGCCAAAACCCGGUAAGCAACUCGAUCAUAUCUUUUUAAGUGAAAAUCGUACACCCGCUAAUGUUAGGUAACGCAAUGAACUGCAAACAACCAAACAACAACCAACCUGUUGAUGUACGAGUAAUAUAAUAAAUAUUGGAAAACAAAAACCCCAAACCGACUAAGCAAACAUCCAGCAAACACAAGGAGACAUAUAUAUAUGAAUAUUUAAACGAAAUGUGAUCGAUUUGUGUAAUCCAAUACAUUUGUACAUGUUCUCAAUGAAGGACAGCAUAAGCAAGCAAAAGUAACAUACAAACAUUAAAUCCUGUAUUUAUCUGCAGCGCUUGUUUUGCGAUGAAAAAGUGGUCACCACCAAUGAUAAAAGCACAAACACACAUCGUUAAAUCUUAAAAUAAAAGCCUGGACAGAACUGCAACAUAGCACUGUUAACGAGUUUCGUACUUUUGUGGCGAUACUUUAUGGAAAAGAAAUGGGUUAGCAUUAGAAUGAGACAAUAGUUUAAUGUAUCGAAAGUUUUUACUUAAAAUAUGAUCAUUAUUAUGAUGAUGUGUUCGAUCUAAAUUUCCAAUUCGUAAACACAUUUGUACUCGUUAUCUACGUUUCUCUGUCGAGUGUUGAGCCUGCUCACUUUCUAAUCAAAUUUUAUUUGCGUUUUCAAGAGUUGGCAAAAGCCCACUAUCCUUUGCUUUUAAAUUGUUUUAGUUAGCAAAUGUUGUUAUAAUUGGUAGAACAUAUUUUACCCCGUGGCUUAUUAGCCGAGCAUUGUAAACACAGAGUGUAAAGCCAAUGAAUCAUAAGUAUUUUCUCACGAUUUAUGAAACUGGAAGCGGCAUGAAAGUAAAGCAAACAAGGAGCAACAAGUUGUGAGUUUGCAGCCUAAUCCCAAAUAAACAAAAUGUACGCACGUCCUGUGACUAUAUGUACUAUUAUUGAACUAUAAAAGUUGCAAACAUAUUUCGAGAAUAAAUUAUUGA